AUGUGCUUUGACGUGCAGCCUCAAAAAUCCCCUGCUAACUCAGGGCUACUACCUUCCCCACGGGCUGUAGGAGUGAUCUCCUCCUGGAGAGUGGAGAUCACGGUAGGGGUUGCACUGUUUCCACAGCCCUCAGCUCAUUGUGAGAGUGUGCCGGAUGCUUUCCUGCCCUCACUUACUACUACAGAAAGUUUUCCCAGAGCCUCAAACCAGACAAGCACAUGUGCAGACCCACUUUAUGAGCCCUGUGAUGCUGGGAAGGUAACACAGGACUGCAGCAAGGCGAACGGGUUGUUACCUGAGAGCCUGCGACACUCUAGACUAGCCAGGACAGUGGAGCAACUGAGCCUGGCUCCCUUCACACAGUCAGAAGGCAGAUGUGAGCCCGGGCCCUUGGUUUCCCUCAGGGGAGAUCAGUGUGGUGACACAGGGGCUCAGACCCAGAAUACAGGAGAAUGUGCCAAUGCACUGCCUUCUACUCAGCCACAGAGUACCCCAGGCACCCAUCCUGAAGGGGACUCUGGGCACAGUCAUGUCAAGGGAUGCAGUGAAGUUCAGGCUGUCCAGAAGGUUCCAGAUCACACUCCACAAAAAAUAAGCAGCCUUAGGCAAUGUGACCAUGAAGGUUACCAUAACCGUCAUGAUUGUUCCUUGACUAGGGAAGAUCCUGAGAGGUACACUCCAUACGAAGCCAGGGAGCGCAGUGUGAAACGGUCACACAAGGAUUCUUCCCAGGCCAGGAAGGGCCAGGAGCUGCCUGCCCUGCUGUGGGAGUGGACCGGCUUCCACAGCCCACACACUGGUGCUUCACCGCCUUGCCCUCUGCACCCCGAGUGCUACCCUCAGGAGAAAGCUGCCUUCAGGGCUGACCACAGUGGCUGCAGCCUGUCUCACGGGAUUCGUGGACGUGAAACCGUGAGGUCAGGCAAGCGCAGGUACCAGAGUGCAGAAAGUAUCUGUAACGGGGGUAGCACACCAAAGAAAGCCCGCAGGAGCCUACCGAGAGACCUGGAGGAGCCUAACAAAUCUAAAGCCAAACACCAUGAGCGGGAGCACAGGUGUCUGCUGGACCCAGAUCUCCCAGUCGUGCAGUCAGACACUGAGCCCUGCAGAUACAAAAAGAAGAGGCACUCAGAGAACUUUGGAAAAGAACCAGACUGCACUCACCCCAGGCCUCAAGCCGUGAGACUGUGGGCAAUUUCUGGAGAUGAUAGAUCAGCUUCCUGCUUGCUGACCACCUGCCUGAAGGGCCUUGGUCUUUUCCCAAAGAAAAACAAACAAUUAACAGCAGAGAGCAGGGUGAAUGGUUGCCAGUAUGGCCAGGGUAAGAGGCAGUUUGUGGAAUUAAGAGAAAAAAUUCUUUCACAAUCUUGUUUUGAAAUGGAGACUGACACAGGGAGGUGUAACCCCAAGUGCUGGGAAGGUUGUGUGAGUAAUGCAGGGCUCAUGCCUCGCCAGCCUUGACUCACAGGCCCUGUGUGAUUCGCUAUCCUUGUGCAGUUUGGAUGCUUGACACUGAUCCAUUAGCACUGAGGAUGGUUUCUUGGAAAUGGAAUUUAUGGCCCUUGAAAUUCAUGGCUCUCUGUGUGUCUAAGUAUUUAUUUAAAGGGAGAAAUUACUAUUUUGGAAGCAUUUUUGGCAGUGAUGCUUUUGCACAUUUAGAGAGUAUCCUAACUCAUAAUUUGAUAACCCAGGCCACUCAGAAGUCAGCUGCCACUCUAAAGGUGACGCCUUGGGGUGGCGUCUGCAUCUCACUCUGGGAUACUGGGCAUCUUGGAUUCUUGUGUGUCAACUGUGACUUUCUGUGAGUUAGCAGCUCUUUGUGCUCUGAUUGCAGUGGGGCAGCCCCUCCCCCUUUCUAACUGGUUCCCCAAGGAGGAGCCCUGAGAAGCUUGUUAAGAUAGAAACUGACAGGAAUGGGUCCUGGGACAGAGUUUCCAAACUGCAAGUAGAAGAAGACCAAAGUAGGACUUGUGCCUCCAAAUCAGCUGUGAGGUAAGGUGGCUUUCAUGUCUUCAAAGCUUCCAAAGAGGAGUAGGAAUUUGUGUCAUCUGAAGACUGUGUGAAAUACAAAUGUCAUGGUCUGCAGACUUCAGGUGAAGCACAGCUGGUGUCUGUGCAUGGCUGGUGCUCCUGCCAGAGGAAGGUGGCAACUGCUGAGACCGCACAGCCCACCACAAAGUGUUUAUCCCCUGGCCCUUCACAGAAAAGAAAGCUCAGCUGAAAUGUGUUUGCUUGGGGAGGUCCAGUCAGGGACAGGCCUGUGCCUACUAUUUCACAGUGACUGUAUGCAGCUGUCAUAAGUAUGAUGAGAAGCAGGCCUUAGGAAGGCUGAGGCCACCACAGUGGGUCCAGGCAGAGUCAACUCUUCUGCCAGGACAGGAGCGAAGCAGUGUGGCAUUUGCUCUUUGUGUUAUGGAAUUGUGUGCAUUUGUAGAGCGUUUUCACAUUACUGUUUCGUGAUUUGUGGAAGGGUGGGGCUUUCUGACCUCUGUGUAGUACUUGAGGAUUUGGUAGUGAGAAGAAUUUGGUCUGCAUGUUGGUAGCAUCCUACCAGUGUUGGAAUCUGUCAUCCUGGCUGGGCAGGUGACGCCUCAGGGAUUAGCAAUGUGGAGACAGCAAGUUGACCACCAGCAUUUUGGGCUGUGUGCACUCAUCCACUGAGGAGCUGCAAUCAGGUCAUGUCUCACUCCCGGUGCACUGAUGACUGGAUUGCAGCCAGCACUUCCACUGGGAGCACACACCAAUUUCCCUGGGCUCUGGGCCUCCUGAGAUGGGCCUUGGCUGUGCCAAGUACUCUGCCAUCUUACAUGCGCUGGCCUUCCUGUGUCCUAACAUUGACCGCUGACCUUUCUCCUCCAAGUUCCUGACCUCUGGCUUCAUUCAAAUCCUGUUAAUUUCUUUGGCCUGGAGUCUGUUGCAGCCUCAUGUGGGAACUCAGCAGUGUGAUGGUGUUGGCAUGGCCUGUUUCCUAGGGACAGGUUUGGGGACCGCUGUCUGACAAUCCAUCAUCAUGGGAACUCAGUUUACUUUCAGGGGGACUCUUGUGGCAGGGGCUGUGUGCAGCUUGACAUUGCUCAGACUGAUUGGAGCUGAAGGCAGGCAGCCAGUGUUAAGCUUCAACAAAACUAUGUCUGAUGAGAACCACUUCAUUCACACCAAGAGCACAGACACUAGAAAUUGUACUGUCAUUAAAACAUUUCUUAACCUCUUCCUUUCAGGUGAUUGAAAACUUGGCCUCAAAACAAAAAAAUCACUAGUUAAGCUAAGUGCUUUCCCUGCCCAUUUUCUUCUUCACAGAAGCACUGGGAAGGGACAGAGAAGGCAUGAAAAUUCUGAGGAGACCCAAAGGUCAUGGAAUCAUGAGCUGCAGAAAGAGCAGCAGGGGUGGGGGGCCUCUGAAUUCCAAGCCAGCACUGGAGGGUGGGGACCUCUUCUCCCUGGCUAAGGAAGGGGAGGUUCAGAUUCCUCCUUCCUCCCUCCAUGGAAGCAGCCCACAGGGAACCCCCAUCAGAAUCAGCAGUCAUGGGAUAAGCAUCUGGGAUGAGAAGCCCAUGUCCCUUCCCCAGACAGCAGAGCCCAUCCCAAGAGCUCAGCAUCUAGGCCUGGUGGUCAGGCUGAGGCUGGGUCAUACUCCUCACCUGACACUGCCACUGUGUUGGGAUGAGGUCCAGGUGACUUAGAGCGGAGCCUUCAUCGUGUCCAGGGUGUGUCUGAAUCUCUUGUGUUCUGUGGUCCGUGCAGGUGGGGCCCAUGUUCCAUGUUAUGCACUGGUGGCGGGAAAGGAAGCAGAGGGCCAUUUAACUCAUGAAAGGAAACUGUCUUUAUGUGUCUCAUAGUCAAUCAGCAAGUGUGAUUUUAAAUGAACUUGGAAGUGAACUAUCAAAAGACGAUCAGUGUGCAGUUAAUUAACACUCUUUACUUGUGUGUCCUCAAGGGAAAGCCUUUAAGUCUGAGGACUGAAAGUCUUCUAGAGUGAAAGAGGAUCUAAGGAUUGGGAAGGACUGGCCACAGCUGGGUUCCAGGCUAUGCAGGUGCAGUGUGGCCCAGCAGGUGGUGCCUCCCUGGCCAGGGAAGCUCCUCUGCAGCUGCCUGGCUUCCAUGGGUUCCUCUUCUGCCUUUCAGGUGGCAGCCAUGGCUUUAAGGGAAAAGAGCUUCUGGAACACCAAGGGGACCUGUGGACAGGGUGGAACAGAAAGAGGGGCUUUCCUUCUGGGGAGCUCCGCCUUUGACUAAUGCCUGUGCCUCCUGUCUUUUAGAUUCAACGUGUUCCACAGCAGUCAUCCCAACUCGGCUGAAAUUAUUAACAUAAAUUUGUUCAAAUCUGUGUGGUGCCUCUUUAGUAAAUGCUGUACAUAUUUUGCCA